UUUGUUCAGAGGCUGGAAGGGCGAGAGCUGAGCUCGAAAUCCGGCCGCGGGAGAGGAAGAUGAACAGCCCCAGGUCAGAGCCCCAGGCCCAGUGGACCCCCAGCCGCCCCCAGAGCACCAGGAGCGGCCGCAGUGGCAGCCGCCUACUCCGGUAGCCGUCUGUUCAGCCGGCGGCUGGGCAGGAGGGCAGCCGGAGCCGGGACCGACGCUCGGUUCUACCUGCGCGCCUACCGGCACACCUGGACGCUGGCCUCCCCGGGACCAGAUCUGCGGGCUCUGCCAAAUCGGGACUCGCCUUUGAAAGAAGGAAGAAAGAAAUCAAACAAGAAACCCAAGACUAGCCUUCACUGACCCAUCCUGUUAGCCUCUCUUGCGCUCCAAGAAAGCGGGACACUGACCCCAGCUGCAACCACCAAGUCUCGGGGGAGCAAAAGUUUGGCAAGGUCCGCACCAAGCGGGAAGAAGCCUAAUGGCAGGUUAGAGACGGGUCCAGAACGCCUGAGGCCUGAGCCUUGGGGCUCACCCUGCUACGCACUCCCUACAGAUCCAGCCUUGAACUCCGGAGCUGUACAUUGCUGACUACCAUCAUGUCCAUUCCCAGCGUCAACGCGUCUGUCUCCUCCUCUCCGGAGCGGCUCAACAGCCCAGUGACCAUCCCUGCGGUCAUGUUCAUCUUCGGGGUAGUGGGCAAUCUGGUGGCCAUCGUAGUGCUGUGCAAGUCACGCAAGGAGCAGAAGGAGACCACCUUCUACACACUGGUAUGUGGGCUGGCUGUCACCGACCUACUGGGCACGUUGCUGGUGAGUCCGGUGACCAUCGCCACAUACAUGAAGGGCCAGUGGCCCGGGGACCAGGCUCUGUGUGACUACAGCACCUUCAUUCUGCUCUUCUUUGGCCUCUCGGGCCUCAGCAUCAUCUGUGCCAUGAGUAUUGAGCGCUACCUGGCCAUCAACCACGCCUACUUCUACAGCCACUACGUGGACAAGCGGCUGGCGGGCCUCACGCUCUUCGCGGUCUACGCAUCUAACGUGCUCUUCUGCGCUCUGCCCAACAUGGGCCUCGGCCGCUCGGAGCGGCAGUACCCCGGCACCUGGUGCUUCAUCGACUGGACCACCAACGUGACUGCUUACGCUGCCUUCUCCUACAUGUACGCUGGCUUCAGCUCCUUCCUCAUUCUCGCCACCGUGCUCUGCAACGUGCUGGUGUGCGGCGCGCUGCUCCGCAUGCACCGCCAGUUCAUGCGCCGCACCUCGUUGGGUACCGAGCAGCACCACGCGGCUGCCGCGGCUGCUGUGGCCUCCACGUCCUGUCGGGGCCACGCGGCCGCCUCCCCAGCCCUGCCGCGCCUCAGCGACUUUCGCCGUCGCCGGAGCUUCCGCCGCAUCGCGGGCGCGGAGAUCCAGAUGGUCAUCUUACUCAUCGCCACCUCGCUGGUGGUGCUCAUCUGCUCCAUCCCUCUCGUGGUGCGAGUGUUCAUCAACCAGUUGUAUCAGCCAAGUGUGGUGAAAGACAUCAGCAGAAACCCAGAUUUGCAGGCCAUCCGAAUUGCUUCCGUGAACCCCAUCCUGGACCCUUGGAUAUACAUCCUUCUGCGGAAGACGGUGCUCAGUAAAGCGAUAGAGAAGAUCAAGUGCCUCUUCUGCCGCAUUGGCGGGUCCCGCAGAGACCGGUCCACACCACACUGCUCUGAGAGUAGGAGGACGUCAUCUCCCAUGUCCAACCACUCUCGCUCCUUCAUCUCCCGGGAGCUGAAGGAGAUCAGCAGCACGUCUCAGACCCUCCUCUAUCUGCCAGACCUAAGUGAAAACAGCCUUGGAGGCAGGAAUUUGCUUCCAGGUGUGCCUGGCACAGGACUGACCCAAGUAGAUACCACCUCAUUGAGAACUUUGCGAAUAUCAGAGACCUCGGACUCCUCCCAGGGCCAGGACUCAGAGAGUGUCCUGUUGGUGAAUGAGGUUGGUGGGAGGUGCAGGGAUGGGCCUGCCCCUAAGGGAAGCUCUCUGCAAGUCACAUUCCCUAGUGAAACGCGGAACUUAUCUGAAAAAUGUAUAUAGUAAAGGGGAAAAAUGAAGCACUGUUUUUGGAAAGUUAUAAAAUCCCGUGCAAUAGACAUGUACGUGUUUAGCUGUGCUCAGAAGGGCUGUCUUCAUCCUACACUCGGCUCGUGAGUACUUUUCAAAGGAUGGAGAUGAUUCUGGUGAGUCCGGAGGCCCAAAGCACAUAGGCUGCCAUUGUGCUGUGAGCCAGGGUUGUCAUCACAACUCGAUGGCUGAAGAGCCAACCUGUUUUCUACUGGAUAGGAAGAUGGCAGAAGUCAUGCUAUUUUCAUAACACCAAGAGCUUUGUAUUUGACACACACCAGACACCCAAAUACUGGAAGGGCUCCAUCCCAUCCUCUGAGGACUACCUUACAGCUGAUUUAAGUCUCACUAAAGCAUGAAAUGUGAAUUUUUAUUAUUGUAAAUAUAAUUUAAGGUAUUUAUUUUCUUCUCUGUGAGAAGGUGUAUGUUUAAUACAAGGUAUAAUGAAAUUAUGAUAAGCCCUCUCCUGCCAGUAGUAACCAGCUGAUAUUGCAGAUGUUAAUAUUUUUUCCAUAAGCAAGGUCAGGCCAAGGAGUUUAAAAUUCAAAAGGAAACUAAUAUCUAUAAAAUAGAUGUAAAUUUUAAAAUAAAGUUUAGUAUUAUCAAAGGAAAAAAUAUCAUUUAAGAUGUGAAAAUUAUAGUCAAAAAUAUAUUUUCCAAACUAUCUAUAAUGAAAAAUAACAGUGACAUUACAUUUAUUUAUCUAGAAAGCUGUGAUUUCAAGAGUAUUUAACAAUCUGGUAAAUACUUUCAACUUUUGUCCUAAUUGGUAUUUUUAAAAAUGUAACAUAAUUUUUUAAAGUCUCUCAUUACCCAUAAUUGAAGUGUGUAAUAUAGAAAGUCUAAGCAGCUAGUUUUCUCCUGAAAGUGUGCAGUUUUACCUCGAUAGAGAAUGUCCUAGAGUAUCCUUUAAAGUGGAAGACAACUUGCACCAGAAAGACCUUUAUUUGAGAUCCUAAAGGCUCUCUGAUGUGGUGUCAACUCUUUUCAUGGGUGUCAAGAGAACUUGUGCAUGUAAGAGUUAUCUCUCAUAGUUUUGUGUAACAUCCAAUAAUUCUGUACACAUAUUUGAAGGUUUCUCAAAGAAAUAUUAAGCAUGUUUUGUUGCUUAAAGUGUUCUUGUGAAUUGCUUGGUUGUGACUAAGUUCUGAG